UUUGUUAUUUUUUCCCUCCACCUUCUUCAAUUGUUCCUACAAACUUGGUGACAGGACUCAGACAAGUUGCCAGAGAAGUCCAGGCAAAGUUUUCCACAGCUCAGAACACACUGUCCUAUAAUUCACUAAUCAUCAUCAUCAGAGGAGUUGUUUCCAGAACGAAGCAGUAGUACUUCUCAUUUUGCCUGCAAGAGGCAUUUGUCUCGGGACAUUUAGCUCCACACAGAUUCCCUAAAUCAGAAUCAAAAACAGAAGAUAAUAACCACUUUGCACUGUUCCUGACAACUUCUGUUUUUUACCUGCACUUCUUCUAAAACCUGACUUGUGCUCUCUGCUUUCCUGUUGCCAUGGAGAAGGUUCAGCACAUAACCCGCUCUGCCAUGAGGAGAGCCUCAACUAUUGAGGUGAACCCACAAACACGCCAAAAGCUCCAGGGGCUCUUUAUAAAUUUUUGUCUUAUUUUAAUAUGCCUCUUGCUUAUCUGUAUCCUUGUGAUGCUUCUCUGAAGUUCCACAGCAUCUUUGCUUCCCAUUGCACUAUCCUAUAAGAAAGCCAGAACAAAAGGGAAAAAAAGAACUAAACAAGAAACUCCCAAGGCAAGAACACCCAUGUGAGCAGAUCAAGCAGUUGGACUAAAACAGUCUCGUCAACCCCACUGCACCGUUUUCGGACUAGCCAUUGUAAACACAUUAAAAAGCUCUUCUGUAUUGAACAAUGAUUUAAAGCCUACUGGUACAAAGCUGUCCAUGAGCUAACUUGUUUGUUCACCUUGCUAAGAGGCAUCUCAUGUGAACGUUGGAAAAUUUGUGCCUUUUUCAUGGAAGUAUGGAAGGGCAUUAAUUGUGAUAUUCAAUUAGUGUUUCAGCCAAGUCAACUACAAUAUUAAAAACCACCAUCUCACUCUUUUGGGCCUGCAUGCUUUAAAAUUUCACUGUAAAUCUUUUUAGAUAUUGGAUAUAUUUUAAUAUCUUAUAGAAGUCCAGAUCAAUCCAAAAUGAUGCACAGGCACAUUUAGAUUUUAACAUGUUCCAGAAAAUUUUCUGUUCCACUGCAAGAUGCUACGAUGUUACACUGUUAAUUGAAAUUAUUUAACUUGCUCCAAUAGUUUAUGACUAGAAUCCUGAAAAAUGAAGUAGAAGCUAUUUUAAAGAAACCUUUUCCCAGAUAUAAAAUUGUCUCUUUUUCCUAUUUAAGGAAGGGAUUUAGGACUGAUAAUGGGAAGAAAAGUAAUACCAAAACUUCAAUUCUGUCCAAUAUCUUUUCACACAACUUGUGACUCAGUUUUCAAAAGAUAUGUCUAUUGAAGCAAACUGGCAUUUGUAAAGAGUUUUAAUUUGCUUUUCAAGGUAUAUCAAGAACCAACCACCCUAUUAAGAGAACAGUAUUCACUCAUGUUCAGUUGGCUAACAAAACAAGCAGAAGCCAAAAGUGUGCCUUGAGUAGGAUUGCCAAUUGUCUAAUCACACAAACCCAAACACCCCUGCCCCUCCCCUUCCCCGAAGCCCCGUCCCGCUCACUCCAUUUCCCCACUCCCUCUGUUGCUCGCUCUCCCCCACCCU